AUGCAAGAGACGGAUCUGCGCUACCCGGCUGACGCCUGUCCGUUCUGUGCCAUUGUGGGUGCGUAUCCUGACACACAUGUCGACAGCAACGACGGCAACAGGGAAUCGCAUGGGCUUUGGAAGAAGAGGAGGAGCGAGGCGGAGGUGUUGAGGGAUGCGGUUCCCGAAGAGGAAGAGUGUGGGGUUGAGAAGACAAGUCCGAGUUCGUUCGUCGUGGUGCGGGCGCGGGAUGUUGUUGCGUUUUUGGAUAUCUUGCCUAUGACUAGGGGGCAUCUUUUAGUCACGACGAGGAAGCAUAAAGUCAAGGUUGCGGAUAUGGAGGCGCGGGAAAGUCGUGAAAUGGGCUUUUGGUUACCGCUGCUAGCGAGGACUGUAGCGAAGGUUACAGGUGUAACCGAUUACAACAUUGUACAAAACAACGGAGCGAGAGCGGCCCAGGUCGUACCACACGUACACUUCCACAUAAUACCACGGCCAGCGACGAUGCCAGAGAUCAAGAACAAGAGCUGGACCAUGUUUGGGAGAGGGCAGCGCGAUGAUCUGGAUGAUGAAGAGGGGGCCCAGAUAGCGGGCGAGAUGCGACAGGUGCUUAGGCAGGAGAUCAGGAAAUUGGGUGAGAGUAGCCCGAAAUUGUAA